GCCGGCGCGGGCGCAGACGGUGCGGCCGCCGGGGCAGCUGGCCGCGCGGGUGGGAGCGGGCGCGGACCCCGCCCGGGCUGGCUGGGCGCCCGCCCGGACUUCACUCAGUCUUUGACCCUCGGUCCUCCCGCCCCCCCCGCGGGCUACGCCGCUGUAACCGCUGUCCCGGCAGCCGCUCGCUCCUUUUCGGGGCCGCCGGCAAAGAGCGUAGCACCGUGGGCCUGCGGCAUGGCUGUGUCCUGGAGAAGCUGGCUGGCCAACGAAGGGGUUAAACACCUCUGCCUGCUCAUUUGGAUGUCCCUGAAUGUCCUGCUUUUCUGGAAAACCUUCCUGCUAUACAACCAAGGGCCAGAGUAUCACUACCUCCACCAGAUGCUGGGUCUAGGAUUGUGUCUAAGCAGAGCUUCAGCAUCUGUUCUUAACUUCAACUGCAGCCUCAUCCUUUUACCCAUGUGCCGAACACUCCUGGCUUAUCUUCGAGGAUCCCAGAAGGUACCAAGCAGGAGAACAAGAAGAUUAUUGGAUAAAAGCAGAACAUUUCAUAUAACCUGUGGUGUUACCAUCUGUAUUUUCUCAGGUGUGCAUGUGGCUGCCCAUCUGGUGAAUGCCCUCAACUUCUCAGUGAACUACAGUGAAGAUUUUGUUGAACUGAAUGCAGCAAGAUACCAAGAUGAGGAUCCUAGAAAACUACUCUUCACAACUGUUCCUGGCCUGACAGGGGUCUGCAUGGUGGUGGUGCUUUUCCUCAUGAUUACGGCCUCUACAUAUGCAAUAAGAGUUUCAAACUAUGACAUCUUCUGGUAUACUCAUAACCUCUUCUUUGUCUUCUACAUGCUGCUGAUGUUGCAUGUUUCAGGAGGACUGCUGAAGUAUCAAACUAAUUUGGAUACCCAUCCUCCUGGAUGCAUCAAUCUUAAUCGAACCCGCUAUCAAGAUAUUUCCUCACUGGAAUAUCUCUCAGAACAUUUUCAUGAACCUUUCCCUGGAGGAUUUUCAAAACCAAAAGAGUUUAAUGGGAACACAUUUGUGAAGAUUUGUGUGGAAGAACCCAAGUUUCAAGCUAAUUUUCCACAGACUUGGCUUUGGAUUUCUGGACCUUUGUGCCUGUAUUGUGCAGAAAGACUUUAUAGGUGUAUCCGGAGCAAUAAGCCAGUCACCAUCGUCUCAGUCAUCAGCCAUCCAUCAGAUGUCAUGGAAAUCCGAAUGGUCAAAGAAAAUUUUAAAGCACGACCUGGUCAGUAUGUUAUUCUUCACUGUCCCAGUGUAUCUGCAUUGGAAAAUCAUCCAUUUACUCUCACAAUGUGUCCUACUGAAACCAAAGCAACAUUUGGGGUCCAUCUUAAAAUAGUAGGAGACUGGACAGAAAGAUUUCGAGAUUUACUACUGCCUCCAUCAAGUCAAGACUCUGAGAUUGUGCCCUUCAUUCAAUCUAGAAAUUAUCCCAAGCUGUACAUUGAUGGUCCAUUUGGAAGUCCAUUUGAGGAAUCUCUGAACUAUGAGGUCAGCCUCUGUGUGGCCGGAGGCAUUGGAGUAACUCCAUUUGCAUCAAUACUCAACACUUUACUGGAUGACUGGAAACCAUAUAAGCUUAGAAGACUAUAUUUUAUUUGGGUGUGCAGAGAUAUCAAGUCCUUCUGUUGGUUUGCAGAUUUACUCUGUAUGUUGUAUAACAAGUUUUGGCAAGAGAACAGACCUGACUAUGUCAACAUCCAGCUGUACCUCAGUCAAACAGAUGGGAUACAGAAGAUAAUUGGAGAAAAAUAUCACGCACUGAAUUCAAGACUUCUUAUUGGACGCCCUCGGUGGAAACUUAUAUUUGAUGAAAUAGCAAAAUGUAACAGAGGGAAAACAGUUGGUGUUUUCUGUUGUGGACCCAAUUCAAUUUCCAAGACUCUUCAUAAAUUAAGUAACCAGAACAACACCUAUGGAACAAGAUUUGAAUACAAUAAAGAAUCUUUCAGCUGAAACCCUUUGAGGUGAACCAGGACUCUAAAGAAGGAAUGAGUGCAAUUUCUAAGACUUGGAAACUCAACUGAAUCAGACAGUUGUGUUAUGCCAAAGAGUAGCAAGCUUUUCUUAUUUAUGAUUAUUUAAAAUGAAAAUGCAGAGAAUGUGGCAACAUGACAGGUCACAUUACAUGUUUAAUCUGGAAACCAAAGAGACCCUGAGGAAUAUCUGAUGUGGUGAUUCACUUUUCAAUGUUCAAAUUAUAAGAACACUAUUAGAUGCACACUGUUAAUCUUUAUGGCAAAUUUGGGAACUCCCUGAUGAGAAGCUGAACUUGCUUACUCUGAAGCUGAUAGCUGUGGUCCUCUUUAAAUUGUUUUUGGUUGAACAAAUGCAAGAUUGAAAAAAAUAAAAAAUUCAUUGAAACUGAGAUUACAUUUCCUACAUUGCAUACAACAGAGUAGCUUUAAUUUGGAGAGACUCCAGGCAAAUUUGAUGUUUGAAAAACGCAGCACACAAUUCUUACUGAUACGGGUACUUUCUGUCAGUAUCCAAUCUUCCUCACCACUGACGCCAAAACCUCUGUGUGGUAUUUGUACAUGACAUGCUGACUGAACCUUCUGCAGAUGUUGAUAUGUUAUCUAUUUUUAUAUUAUUCUUUCUUCCUUGUCCUCUGUCUAGUGAAAUCUGCCCUCCUUUAGCAUCAUUAGACACAAUGAUUUAAUAGAUUCUUUUUAUCUCCAGUUUACUUAAUCUAUUACUACUGCAUAGUAAUGAAAAUAUCAUUACUAUAAUUUUAAAGGAACAUAUAUACUAAUAACUUUUUUCUUUUUUUCAGUGUUUUAGCCUCUAUUAUUAUUAUUUUCACUUUUCCCCCCCAGAUAUAGCUUGUCUUAGGUUUUAACCUAAAGUACUUUGUCUAAUUUGUACUUUGAGAUCAAAGAGUACUAUUUCUGGUACCAGACACUGAAAUAAGAGAUUUUUCUCUUUUGUCACACAUUGCUGGUCCUGACUUCCAUUCUCAGUACUAGGAUUGAACCCAGGGGCAUUAAGCUACAUCCUUAGACCUUUUUAAUUUUUAUUUCAAGACAGGGUCUCACUAAAUUACCCAGGCUGGCCUUGAGCUUGUGAUCCUCCUGGCUCAGUCUCUGGAGUAGCUGGAAUUACAGGUGUAUACACAUAUUAGUUUAUGAUGGACAUAGUUAAAGUGUAGUCACGUUCCUAAACAGGAAUGACUGUUCUACUUUCUACAAAAUCAGAUGUACCUCACUAACUAUUGAAAUGUAAGUUUAGAAUCAGGAAUAGUAUUGUUGCACUGGGUGAUGUCAUGAUAAAUUAUUAGGAUUAAAAUUACUGUUGGGACUAUGUUGUAUGGGUCCAUCAGUUUGUAGUUCCUGGCUAUUGUAUCCCUGGCUUAGAAGAAAAACUCACUUUACUGCCUUAAGAGUUAAGGCAUUCAUACAAUUCAAUGAUAUCUAAAUGUUCAGUAGACAUCUAUGAAUUAUCAUCAAAUAGAACACAUUUCUGAAAUCAGGAAUUUACUUGCUAGUUUUUAUUAAAAUCUUGCAAAUAAUACAAUAUGAUAGAUGCUACUGUCUUUUUUCUUUUUUUUUUUUGCUAUGAUUCACGAAUAGCAAUCGAGCGUGCUAAACCAUUCAAUACUGUUCUUCCUUUCCCUGGAAUUUUGCCUUCUCCCUUCUGCAGAAAGAAGGUGAGUCAGAAAGUGAUUGGAAAUGUGCAAUGCUCCUACAAUUUAGCUCUGAAGGUAUAAUUAAUAACCAGUAUAUCUCAGCAAUGCUUUCUGGAUUAAAAUAAUUUUUAUGAAAAGAUGUAACAGAAGAAUUAGUAAAAGGAAACAUUUAAAAUUUAAACAUAAAAUUUUAAACAUAAAAUUUAUCUGUGUUGAUGUGCAAUACUGACUUUACUGAUCAUAAUGUAAUUUUGUGAUUUCCUUAGAGUGUUUAAUUUCAGUAGAUGAAAAUUUUUCAAAAGAAACUUGGUAUUUCAGAUCAGGUUUGCUGUGCUAGACAAAACUCCUUGCAUAUUCUAAAUUCCAGUAGAUGUUUAAACGUUAAAUGUUAAACAGUUAAAUUUUGUUUCUGCACAUAAGAAUUAAUUUAAAGCACAUACAAUAUCUUUGUUUUGCUUUGAAUAACUCUUUCCAUAGGGGAUUGUUGUGGUACAAGUCUUAUGUCACUAAUAUUAAUGGCAUCACACAUUAAAAUUGAAAUGGUGUCCUUGAAAUUUCUAUAAGCUCACCUUACCUUUGCAAUAAUAAAGCUAUACCAUU